UCUCUCAGUUUGGAUCUAGCAUCAAGAGUGAUCAGAGCAUCAUCAUCAUAAUCAGGUGGAAGUCAUCAACAUGGGGAAUUCCUGUGGAGGUGCGAGCAGCUUUUUUGGCCCUCAGAAGAACACCUAUCUCCGUAUCAGUCUGCCGGCUGUGUGCUUCGUCUGGCAGAUUGCUAUGAUUGUGCUGUUUGGGGUUUUCAUUCGGUACAACGACGAGUCAAGUGCAAAAUGGGUGGAGUUCAAAAAGACAAACAACAUCUCCAGCGAUGUCGAAAAUGACUUCUACUUCAGAUAUCCCAGCUUCCAGGACGUUCACGUCAUGAUCUUUGUUGGAUUCGGUUACCUCAUGACCUUCCUGAAGCGCUACAGCUGGGGCGGCGUAGGCUUCAACUUCCUGAUUGCUUCCUUCGGCCUGCAGUGGGCUCUGCUCAUGCAAGGCUGGUUCCACUCUCUGGACCACACCACUGGAAAAAUUUACAUCGGAGUUGAGAAUCUGAUCAAUGCAGACUUCUGCUGUGCCGGCUCUCUGAUCGCCUAUGGUGCCCUCCUGGGUAAAGUAAGUCCCGUCCAGAUGAUGGUUGUCACCUUAUUUGGGGUCACGCUGUUUGCUGUGGAGGAAUUCAUCAUCCUUGACCUUCUUCACUGCAGAGAUGCUGGCGGCUCCAUGGUCAUCCACUGCUUUGGAGGGUACUACGGUCUGGCCAUCUCCUGGGUUCUGUACCGACCAAAUCUAAACCAAAGUAAACGUUUGAACGGGUCCAACUACCAAUCGGAUUUGUUCGCCAUGAUUGGAACACUGUACUUGUGGAUGUUCUGGCCAAGUUUCAACUCAGCCAUCACAGACCAUGGAGACGGACAGCACAGAGCAGCAAUUAACACCUACCUCGCCCUCGCCUCCUCUGUCCUCGUUGCUGUUGCCAUCUCCAGCAUGUCUCAGAAGAAAGGGAAGCUGGACAUGGUACAUAUCCAGAAUGCCACUCUGGCAGGUGGCGUUGCCAUGGGAACGUCAGCUGAAUUCAUGAUCUCUCCUUACGGUUCACUGAUUGUUGGUUUCGCCAUGGGCAUCAUCUCCACCUUUGGCUACCUGUUUGUCACACCCUUUUUAGAGAGGGUUCUCAAGCUCCAGGACACAUGUGGAGUCCACAACCUGCAUGCAGUGCCCGGGAUGCUUGGUGGCUUCAUAGGUGCCAUCGUUGCCGCGGCAGCUUCUGAAUCUGUCUACAGCAAAGAGGGGCUCAUCAACACAUUUGACUUUGUAGGCAAACAUGCAAACAGAACUGUGGGAACGCAGGGAGGCUUUCAGGCUGCUGGGACAUGUGUGUCCAUAGCAUUUGGACUGAUCGGUGGAGCCGCUGUUGGUUUCAUCCUAAAGUUCCCCAUCUGGGGCGAUCCUGCUGAUGACAACUGCUUCGAUGAUGAGGUUUACUGGGAGCUGCCUGAGGAUGAAGAGCACAUUCCCCCUGUCUUGGAGUACAACAACCACAUGAUACACAAACACCAAGACAUAUCCGAGUCAAACUUCUCUGUGGAGCAAAGUUAGAGCCGCUCUGAGGUCGAACAAACAACUCGUAUUGUUCUGAACAUGAUGCAGAUAUGAAGCAACAGUAAUUUAUGAAGGAGCCUCACAAAUUAGAAACUGCAGGCAAUGUCAUUCUUUUUGUGGAUAAACUGUGAGGCUCUGAGUCCAGACUGUAUGAUGUGAUGUGAUAUGAUGUGAGAUAUUUGUAUUAUAUGUAUUACUGUCCACAUGACUGGGAGUAAAUCCAACUUUUUAAGGCCUGUAUAAAAAAGCCAGAGUGCUCUCAUUUGAUCUCCAGCACUUGCUGAGAACUGUCAUAAUAAUGCCUUUAAUUUUAAAUCUUUAAAUCGAGAGUUUGUGGAAAUGGAUUACUUUGAGUAGUGUGGGCAAAAGAGAAACUGUUUAGGAAUCAGAAAUAUCUGUGCUAAUAUACCUUUGUUAUUUCUUUUAAAUUAAGCAUUGUAAGCCUCACUCUUUGUACAUAUGAUUUCACCCAUAUCAAACUUCAGGCUCAUUUCUAACAGUGGAGGUUCUGAGUAACAAUGAUACAACUUGUGUAGUGUUGAAUGUUACUGUGAAAGUCAACGAAACCGCAGCACAAAGGAAAGUCACAUCAUCACCCCGUGGACUGUCAUACGACUGACUGACAUCAUGAAUGGAAAUAUAAAGGAAAGAUAGUUGUUAACACACAAGUUAAUCAAAUAUUUGCGCGUGAAGGCUCUUUAUUUGAACAUCAGUGAACUAUCCACGUGAUUGUAUGUGACCAACUGUUGCUUUCAUUUUUACAAAAGAAAUGUAAAAGAUACAGUAUGUAUACGACAUAAAUGCAAUAACGUUUUUAAGAGGCUUUACAAGCUCCCGAUCUGUGCUUAUUUUUAUACCCAUGACUGCUCCAACUGAGUGUGUGUGUGUGUGUGUGUGUGCGCGCGCGUGUUUUGUGUGUGUAAAGUAGCUGUGAUGUCAAAUGUGUAGCUAUAUACUAUUGACCAUUUUCUAUGUUAUACGAAUAAACUCAUGUUAGCAAAAUUAAAUCAAUUUUAACAAAGAUGUAUCUUGUACAUAGGAGUGAAAUUCAGUUUUGACUGUGCCAAGGCUGUGAUGCAAAAUAAAGCUGGUAAAACUAA